AUGACAGUGAUCAAUGGCUGUUCUAAAUUCAUUGUUUUAGGAUACAAUGAUUCAACAGCUCAAAUCAUCAACAGAAAUACUAAAAAAGUCACACAAUUAAAUCUUUACCGCGGCAAAGUCACAUGUUUAGACAUUUCUCUUAACUUCGGUGUUGUUGUUAUUGCUACAGAAGACGGCGUUAUCACAGUCGCUGACUUGUACACUGGCGACACAAUCAGGAACAUCAUGGUUAAUUUCACAGUUCAUCAGAUUUGUAUCACAAAAACAUGGGGAUUCAUUGUCACAUCUUCGAACGACAAAAGCGGACAGAAAUUCAUCUCAUGUUACACUAUCAAUGGGAGAUUCAUCAGACAGAAAGAAGUCCAGUCUGUUGCAGAUUCUAUUGUCACAUGGUCAUCAACAAGUGGAUUCGACUACAUCGCAGUCAACUUGAGUGGCAUUGUCAACUUUUCAGAAGCAUUCUUCUUGAAGUUUUCACCGAAAUACAACAGAUACUCAGGCAAGAUCUGUCGCAUGGAAUAUUCCGAUAAGAUGAAAUCUCUUGUUGUUGGAUACAUCCAAUUCAAAUGUAAUUUAGUUAAUUGUUUUGUUUUAUAUUAUUUAUUUGGGGUAUUAUUAUUGUCGUCUGGCGGUUUUAGACGACAAUGCGAAUUUUCAAAUAAUAGGAUUUUUAGCCAGAUAAAGAGCUACUCCAUAUAUCAUGCGUGUUUGCAUACUAUAUACAUAGACGGAAUUGAUGUUCUUCCUUUAUUUAGGUACCGAAACAUGCUUGAAAAAUCUAUUUUUUAG